AAACAAGAUGGAAGCACGAAGAAAGAGAUAACAGUUUUGGAGACGAAGCGCUCGAAUGCCAUCAACAUUGGUCUUACAGUGCUGCCCCCUGCCAGAACUAUUAAAGCAGCAAUUCUCAAGAUGGAUAACUCCAUCAUGAACAAGGAAGGAAUUGAAAAAAUCUUGACAACAAUGAUUCCUUCAGAAGAAGAGAAAGCUAAAAUUAUAGAGGCACAGAUGGCUAAUCCAGAUAUUCCCCUUGGCACGGCAGAGCAGUUCCUUCUGACUCUGUCUUCAAUCUUUGAGUUGGAAGCCCGACUGAAACUCUGGCUUUUUAAGCUAGAUUAUGAAUUGACAGAACAGGAAGUUGCAGAACCUCUGAUGGAUCUCAAGAAAGGAAUCGUUGAACUCCGCAGAAACAAGACUUUCAAGUGUAUUCUGUCUGCUAUUUUGACCAUUGGCAAUUUCCUCAACGGAGCAGCAGUCCAUGCCUUCAAUGUAGAAUUUCUACAGCGUCUGCCAGAAAUCAAGGACACGGUUCGCAAGCAGUCCCUAUUGCAUCAUCUAUGUACACUGAUCAUAGAGCAGUUUCCGGACACCACAGAUCUCUACUCUGAGAUUGGACCCAUCACCAGAUGUUCUAGGGUGGACUGGGAUGAGCUUGCUCACAAGUUGAACAAGAUGGAGAAUGACUGCAAGGCAUCAUGGGAUUACCUUCAGGCUAUUGUCAAGCAUGAUGGGAGUAGUACUGACCUGAAAGGGAAGAUGUCGACAUUUUUGGCGGAUGCAGCAGAAAGAAUAAUGAUCCUGAAUAUCAUAUUUAAAAGAGUUAUGAACAGAUACAACAAGAUGCUGCUGUAUUUAGGAUUCCCUGCCAGCGAGGCUCGUGACAUGAAAGUCAACCAUUUCUGUAAGGUUAUCAGUGAGUUUGCUCUUGAGUAUCGCACCACCAGGGACAAAGUCCUGCAGAUGUUGCAGAAGAAAGCUAACCAGAGGGAAAGAAAGAAGACACGAGGGAAGAUGAUUGUAGAUACUGAAAACUUCAGGAGCAAAAAACCAGCCAGUGACGAUGCCCUGAAACAGAUCUUGAAGAACGGGUACUCAGGCACUGAUGAGCUGGCAAUAUCUGGACAGAGAGGGCGCCGGCGGCCAGUCUCAGAUGGCAAGUCAGUGAAUGCAACGAAAGGUGGGACAACAACAGAUUCCGACAUGUUUGACACCGGCGAUGAUGAAAUCCUGGAGGCGUGUGUCCGAUCUGCAGCUGCUGCACCAAGUUCUCGUCCAAGAGAGCGCAGGAGAGCUCGUACUGAGCGCAAGUCUUUGCGUCGGACAUUGAAGGGAGGGCUCAGCUUUGAAGAGCAACAAGCACUUGGAACAAAUGAUGAUCAUGUGUGA